AUGGCGGAGGACGGUCCAUUCCAGUACUGGAUCACCCGGCCAGUCGGACGGCUGAAGAAUUUCAUCAGGCCACCGGAUGAUGAAAACGAGGCAAACGUAGUUCCUGCCGGCGAGGCUGUUUUCCGCGCAAGGUCAACCUUCAUCACCGACACCGUCUUCAGUGCCUGGCAUCUCCUCGCUAUCUACCUCAGAAGCGAGGCCGACGACUGGCUAUCCACCCUCGACAAUGAUCCCCUUGUUUCCCCGGCAGGAGACGCAGCCGGGAAUCACAGAAUGCGGAAAGGACUCAAUAAGAUGAUCCAGGACACCUUGAGAAUCAUUGCCACGGAUGGUGACCGGGGCAGUGUUGAUCCGGUACUCCUGGAAACCUAUACUACCAAGCUCCAGCCAACCAUGAUGACCGGCUACCAUUUCGAACAACACGACCUACCUGACGAACCUCCAAACAAUGCUCAAUUCUUCGCACCGCAGCCAACACUCCCACCGGGGAAGGGUGGACGGAUUAUCGGUUGCACUUCCUCCACCACCCAACAACCCACUGACCACCUCGCAACCCCACCCAUAACCUCCACCCCACCCACCAACGCCUUCGACACCACAACAAAAGCCGCAGCAUCCACCACGCAGGCCGCCACCCUCGCCGCCUACGUGGAACACGACCCUGCCAAGCGGGACUCCGAGAAGAAUCAGGAGGUGGGGAUCAGAAAGGGUGGGAAGGGGACGUUGCCGCCGAAUCUGGUUGAGGAGAAUGGGCCGUGA